GCGCGUAACAUCUUUCUCUGCCCCGCGCGGUAAGGGUGCUCGCCACCGAUUUGCCACCUGGGAAGUAGAGGUGCUGCGCACCUCGAACUUGCGAGGAUUCGGCUCAGCGGUUCCCAGGGCAACGCGCAAGCGCAGUUCAGACCCGGGCUGCAGAUUCCAGCUCUUUGUGUUCUGCGGGCGAUGUGGCGGUUGCGGUCUCUGGCCGCCGGCCGGGGUUCCUCAAAGGGCAACCCAGUGGUGACCAGGCACGGUAGCCAGAGCUUCAUCGGGAGAGCGGGAGCGGCCGUGGCUGGUCGCGCCCGGGGAGAAGGACGGAGGUGAAAGCCAAGUCACCCAAACUGGGCCCCAGAGGAGAGGCCUGAGGCCAGAGGAGGGCUUGGCUUAAGAGAUUUCGACCAUGAAGAUCUAGCCUUCUUAGCUUCCUUUCUGAGGAGAAAAAAGUGACCUUCCUUCCCCACCUCCACUUCCCUCCCAGAAUUAAGCAGCUGUCCUGUGAGGACACUUCUCUAGAGACCUCUCAGUGUGACUUAAGGGCAAAAGUUGGAGUUGUGUGUAGAAGUUUCCAGCCUCAGGAGUCCUUGCUCCAAGUCCAAGCUGACUUGUUCCUAAAAGGGUUCAUCAGAGAAGAAGGAAUGGCUGUCAGGUACCUGCCAAGCAUGGUCCAGGAGUCAGUGACCUUCAAGGAUGUGGCCGUGCUCUUCACCCCGGAUGAGUGGGCACAGCUGAGCCCUGCACAGCGGGCUCUGUACAGGGAGGUGAUGCUGGAGAACUACAGCAACCUGGUCUCUCUGGGACUCUUAGGACCCAAACCAGAUAUGGUUGCCCACUUGGGAAAAAAGGAAGAGUGGAUGCCGCAGGACGCUUCUGGAUGCUUCUGUCUUGACUGGAUGACUACCCCUAUGAGUAAGAAAUCUACUCUCAAGGCAGAUAUUCCUGAAGAAGACCUGGGUCAGUGGAUGAUAAAGGAAAGAUUCACUAGAGAUAGUCACUGGAAAUAUGAUAACCAGUUGGAAUGGCAGCAUGGAAGCCAGGAGAUAAAGUUGCAGCAAGUAGUGCUCGCUCAUCAAAAAAUAUCAUCUGCGGGUAAAGACCGGGAAUGUGAUGAAUCUAGGAAGCGCUGUGCCAUGAGCUCAUCUUUUGUUCAAAGUCAGGGAUUUCAAUUUCAAACUAGCAAAAAAGCCUUUGAGUGUAGUGAGUGUGGAAAAGUCUUCACUAAGUGUUCCACCCUUAAUAAACAUCAGAAAAUUCAUACUGAAAAGAUUAGUGCAAAUCGGAAAACUGUUAUUAAAGAGAAACGAUAUGAAUGUAGAGAAUGUGGGAAAGCCUUUCACCAGAGUACACACCUCAUCCAUCACCAAAGAAUUCACACUGGGGAGAAGCCGUAUGAAUGUAAGGAAUGUGGCAAGGCCUUCUCAGUGAGCUCCUCACUUACUUAUCACCAGAAAAUUCACACUGGAGAGAAACCUUUUGAAUGCAACUUAUGUGGAAAAGCUUUUAUCCGAAACAUACACCUUGCCCACCAUCAUAGAAUACAUACUGGAGAAAAACCUUUUAAAUGUAACAUAUGUGACAAAGCCUUUGUGUGCAGGGCACAUCUUACCAAACACCAGAAUAUUCACAGUGGAGAGAAGCCCUAUAAAUGUAACGAAUGUGGGAAAGCCUUCAAUCAGAGUACAAGUUUUCUUCAGCAUCAGAGAAUUCACACCGGAGAGAAGCCCUUUGAAUGUAAUGAGUGUGGAAAGGCCUUCAGAGUGAACUCUUCCCUCACUGAACAUCAGAGAAUUCAUACUGGAGAAAAACCUUAUAAGUGUAAUGAGUGUGGGAAAGCCUUUAGAGAUAAUUCAUCCUUUGCUCGACAUCGGAAAAUUCAUACUGGAGAGAAACCUUACAGAUGUGGUUUGUGUGAGAAAGCCUUCAGGGACCAAUCAGCCCUAGCCCAACAUCAGAGAAUUCAUACUGGUGAAAAACCAUAUACGUGUAAUAUAUGUGAAAAAGCCUUCAGUGACCAUUCAGCCCUUACUCAACAUAAGAGAAUUCAUACUAGAGAAAAACCUUACAAAUGUAAAAUCUGUGGGAAAGCCUUUAUCCGAAGCACACACCUUACUCAACAUCAGAGGAUUCACACAGGAGAGAAACCCUAUAAGUGUAAUAAAUGUGGGAAAGCCUUCAACCAGACUGCAAACCUCAUUCAGCAUCAGAGACAUCAUAUUGGAGAAAAGUGAUGUUUGCAGUUUUUAAAAAGAGCUUUGAGACUGAGUAUAUUAACUAUUGAAUAGAAGAGAAUCCAUUCUAGAGAAUGAAUAACCAUGAAUGUUUACAUAAGAUAGUCAUUUUAUUUACUGAGAGGCAAGCUUUAGAGUAUUGUGGGUGUUGAAAUUUAAGAAUGUCAAACACUAUUCAUAGUUCAGAAUUGCCUCAGCUGAAUAGCAGUACUGUGCAGUUUAAAUUACCAAGUAUCAGAACCAAAACGGAGCUUCAUUAACAACAUAAAAAUCAGUAAACAAAAUUUACCUUUUGACUAUUAAGAGAAAUUAUAAAAGUGUAAAAAUUAAGGUUGAGAGCAAAGUAACAAGAAAGUAAGUAAAUGGUCUACAAGCAUUUCACUCUACUGAUUCUCUUAUAUCAGAGGGUUCCUGCCUUCAGUAGAACUUUUUGUUCUCGUCUGCACUGCUGACACCUGGAGUAAAGAAAAUGCAUUCACUCGUGCAUCGGCCCAGGACUUAAAUUAUGCUCCCUAUCUUCUGCUUCCAUCCAUCUCGUCAUAUCUCACUGGCCUGUGUGUCCACUGGCUUCCUACCUGUCUUGUCCAUCUUAGACGAUUCAUUUGAAUGGUGUGUCCCUCUUGAUUUAGCAGCUCCAAACUGGUAAACAUCGUGUCACUUAUUACCACCCCAUUUGCCCUUGGGGGAUGUGGUGAUCCUACUUCAUACACAGUCCACGAUUGUGGAUAUCGCACCCAAAUGCAGCUUUCAGAACUCAGGACCUCUGCCUGGGAAGCAGAUAUUAAUCAAAAUUCUUGAGUUACCCAGUUCCUCUGGGCCUCAGCUUGACUCUGACCCUGGGGUGAUACCUAAAGUAAGGGCUUGGUCUGUGUGACCGUUACCCUUCUGUCUUGCAGUAAGUCUACAUACAGCAGGCAGGGGCAUGCUCAGGCUCAGAUGUGACAAUCCCAGCCACCUCGUGGUGGCUUAGGUCACCUCCACUUCUGCGACUUGCGAUUUCCUGAUGUGCAACUGACAUGAGAGGUUGGCGCCCCAUGGCCAGUUCUCAGAGGGCUCUGACCCACUUACCCGCAGCUGGGUGGCCCUCACUGGCCCCUUCAUUAGAGUAUAUUUGUUACUGCCAGAAUAUUGAACUGCAUCCUGGUUGCCCUGCCUUUGUCCAGUUUUCUGAAAGUAUUAACAGGAAAAGCAGAGAGCUUUGUAUUUCUGGUUUUGCAUUUGAAAGUGGCCACUUCCUCUCCUCCAUGUAGGUAUUUCACUACUUAAAGUCUGUCCCAUUCUGACAGUGUUGAACAAUAUGUUGACUAAUUCCAUGAGUCAGGAAGUGGUCAACCAGCACCAUGACAUUCUCUGGCAGGGGCUGUGUCUGUGCCCAGAAGUUUGUGUGACACUCUGGUUCUGCAGGUAUAGUUACUUCUCCAUCUUUAAUCCUUCAAUGCCAUCAAUAGAAAUCAGAGAGAUGAAAUAACAUCUGUAUGUCUUCACACACACAGCCUCUGGUGGCACUCUCCCCUUCCCCACCACAGAGAAUGAGGAGCCCUCACUAUUUCAAGCUGGAACAUUCCACGUCGUGAAGAUGGAAGAGCAAGUAAACUAUCAUUCUGGGGAGCAAAGUGGCAGGUUGGUUUUCUGUGGAAGUGUUCUGCAUCACGUUGGGCAACCUGCUGGCCCCUAUGAAUGCUGCACCUCAGCUCCAGGUUACAGAAGAGGAUAUUCUAUGUCAUGGUGGGAUCAGUGGACUCCAGGUUAAGCAUAGAUGUGAAGCUUCCUGCAGCCUUAGCGCCCAAGUUUUCUAAAUUUGGCUUCCAUUUAAUAAAGGUCACCUGUAGGCCUCUCCUGUUAGGUAAGCAGUGACUUAUACUUUCUCCCUGUUAAGCGGCAGGUAAAGCAGCAUUUCAAAGGGUUACUUGGGACUAACUGUGCCCUGGACAUGUUUCUCUGCAGCCUCAAGUGGCUGGCGACCCCAGAUUCCACAAUAAACUAGAGAAGAUGCUCUCUGUCCUCCGUACUAUCCGUAUGGCUUGUCUGGUCCCAGCUCUCACCCCCUUACCUUGGAUCCCUGAGAAACACUUUUCUAAACUGAGUUUGUUGCUCAUUUUGUUUGUUUUUAGUGAGAGCUACCACCACUCGAUGUGUGCCUGCUGUUGAGCUAGGGCCAAGACCUGCUGCCACCGCGAGCCUCAUUCUUCCCAGUGACAUCUCCAGCAGCUCCUCUGCCACGAUUAGUGCAGUCCUCUCCCUGACCCAUCUCCUGUCAGGCUUGGGUCUUAAUGAAAUUAGACCUCUGAAAUGCCUAUUCACUCAUCUCUGUCUGGGAGGCAAAAAGUAAAUAAGUAGCCUAUUAGAUUUGCCCAGGCCACCUGGAUGUGUUUAUGGUAAUCCUGUUUAACCAGCCUUUAGCAGUGGCUCCAUUAAAGUCUGCCAUCUGAUUGGCACCUUAUUGUAUGAACGUCUCAACUGAGGGAGUCAGCAUUUGCAUGGGUGCUAUUCUGCACUUUUCUAGUCUGAAGCAGUAUGGCUCUGCCCAGGCAGUCUGACCUGCCCGAGCAUCACCUUUGGCUCACGCCCUAAAAGUGCAUUUUUGAGAACCUUGAGAUAGAGUUCCUCAGCUACCUUCUCUUCUGCCAACUGAUCUGCAAGGUGUUAGACAAGAUUUCAGCAGCUAUUGAGAGGGACUUUUCUCUACCCCACCCUCAGCCAGUGACAUUAGAGAGAGUGCCGAAUCCUAACCACUAGAUCACUAGGGAGUGUUGAAGACAUGAGAAAUUCCUGGGAAGAAUAGUUUGCUCUGUACCUCAGUUUCCUAGUCUUGCUGAUUGGCUACGCAGACACUGACUGGGACGGGUGAAGAGCGCUGGGACCACCCGUCAGGUUAGAGUCUGAGCGGGGAUAAGCCAUCAUCCUCAGCACAUCCAGCCCAUCUCCCACUACUUGCCCCACAUCGUGCGGAAAACUUCCCGGCACACCCACGACUGCCGUCUCCAGACGAUGAAUCUGCAUGUGGCAGAGGAACUGCUGGACUUGCAUCAGCCAUCUCCCCAACCCCUCAACUCCAGCUAAUCUGUGGGCCGGAGAAAUAGACUCCCCACUGCCCCCAGGGCUCUGCUCGUGUACUUUGGAAAUGCCAACUGCACUCUGCCGGGGGAAGGUUUGAGUAGAGGAUUAGCAUCUAAGCUUCGGUACAUUCUUCAGUGUCUAUGGGCUCCCAUGAACAGUCACUGAAACUGCUCUUAAGGAGAAAAAAAUUGCUCCAAGUUUCCCCUUUUUAAUUCAUCUAGUCCUCUCUUGUCAGGUCUUACUCAUCUCCAGCUGAUUGACUUUGUGCCUGGGUUCUCCCUGUCCAGCUGAGUUGGCCUAGCUUUGGCAGAGGAUUCACCCUAGGAUGUUGCCUUCCUCCAUAUUCAGCAACUGCUUAUAAAAUGGUACCUUGGCCUUGCAGCAGACUCGGUCUUACAGGGUACUGUGCCCGAGCCCCAGGCUUGGAACAAAUUAGCCCUAAACUGCAUGAAUGUCUUAGGUUAAGAAAACAAUUCCCUUAAACACAAAUUUAAGAACAGGUAGCCUCCAGCUCUCCAGUUCCUCUCCUUCCCUUCCUUUUUCCUUUUGCACUUUGUGCUGCCCUCCCAUAAACUACUGUAUUGGCUAGCAGGAUAAUGUGGGAACAAAACUCCCACCUGCAGUGGAAAGGUUUCCAGCUUGGCCAUCCUCAACUCCUGCUAAAUAUAUAUUUUGGUAAUAUUUUUACUUUUAAUAUUUUUAUACCAGCUUGUAAAGGGAAAAGAAAUACAAAGCUUGAAUGUUUCUCAUCACUCAAAGAUUGUGCUAAUGGUCAUUCUCUGCAAGUGCCAGGAUUUGGUCAUGCAGAUGUACCGUCCCUGUGCUCUGUGUUGUGCUGUACACCACACAUAACUGUCCUUAAAAAAAAAAAAGCCAUAAAAAUGAUUCAUCAUCUUUCUGAAAAUAAAUGAGAAAAGUACCCAGUAUUCUAAGAUGUACAAAUUACAUUUGUGCUCCCUGCUACCUAAUCAGAUAUCACUAAGACAUGUCAGAAAUCAUGCUUCCAAGUAUUUUUAUCUGUUUAUGGCCAAUCUCCCCACAUGGCCAUCCAAACCUAGCUGGCCCUAGAAACCACAGUGUUCAGGCGGUGUCCCCCUUCCUGGCAGAACAUUUGAGGGCAUACCUUGUGCCAGGUACUGGGGUAAGCACCCUGCAUAGAUUAACUCAGUUAAUCCUUAAAAUUAUGUGAGAUUGUUUCUACUAUCCCUUCUUGAAGGUUGAAGAAAGGUGUUGUUGAUCCUGAGAAUGAAUGUACCUGUUGAGAAGGGCUCCUUGUAGUUAAUUGGGCUCAAAUUUAUAAACAGAGCCUAGCAGCCAUUGCUAAACAGGGGCCUCUCACAUAAGAUGCACUUCAGAGAGAAGCCUACACUGAACUGCCUGCCUGCUCUGUGUUCCUGCUAUCUGAGCCAGCCUUUCUAAAGGAGUUCCUGGAAUUGUAUUUCAACCAAUAGGACUGAGACUUUUCCCCGUCCAAUCGGAGCUGUGCAGCUAUACCCUCAUUAGCAUCUUCACCGACCAAUCAGAGCAGCUCCAAUCAGGGCAGUGCUUUUUGGACCAAUCAAACUGAAGAUGUGGAGUCCUCAUUUGCAUGAGAAUAGGCCAAUCAGGGACUUCUCUAUAAGUCCACACCCACACCCCAGCCCAGGGGAGGGCACUUUCCCUUUCCAGGGAAGACUGAAAACUGUUUCCCCAGCUGGAGUUGAAACACUGAAGAUUUCUGGGAACAGAGCAGAGCUGUCUAACUGGAGAGGGGCUUCGCCCAAGGGCCUCCUCUUGCCCAGAGCCACCUUACAGCCAUGGUGUUCCAUAGCUGUGCUGAUUCUUAGUUGAACUGUAAUAUUUGAGCUGUUCCAUAGCUGUGCUGUAUCACAACUGAGCUGUUUGCACUGAAUAAACCUGCUCCUUCACCACACCCCAAAUGGGGAUUCCUGUUGGCAUUGAAUUGUUGUCAAUGACCAUGGAUUGACAAUUAAGAAACUUGUCAGAAGUCGCAUAGCUAGUAAGUGGUGCAUGAAGGACUUGACCCAGGCAGUGUAGCUACAGAGCACACGUGCCUACCUACCACACGAGGCCACCUCAUUUCUGAUGCAUUCUAGACCACCCUAGAGAGCUAUUUGACAGGAGACUUUGGGGUGGGGCUGAUGUGGCAAGUCCCCAGUCUUGUAACCAUGCACUUCUUCCCCAAGAAAGUCUUCUGCUCUGGAUUGGCAAGGUGGGAGGAGUUCAGGAUGCCUUUCUAACCCAAGAGUGCAAGAAUGUGUUCACAGACAAAUAUCUGAGCCCCAGGACAUCUCAUGGGCAUAGCCUAUUGUAACUAUGGCCAGUCCUUGGACCCAGGACAAAUAAGAGAGUUAUUGCUAAGAAUGCCCCUUCUGUAAGUGUUACAAAAGAGGAAAUCUCAGGCUAGUGGCCAGAGAAACAGAAGGGCAAUAGCCAUUUGUUUAAUAACUUCUGCCAAAUGUAGUAUACAAUGGUUAUAUAUGUAUAUAGUUACUGCUUUCAUGAACUUUAAAUUGGGGAGAUGGAUGUUAUAAAAGGGAACAAACAAUUAGCAAGUAAUUGUAAUAUGUGGAAUGAAUAAAUAGAAUGGAAUACUAUGACAGAGUGUCGGGUCCAGUUUGAAAUUAUGUGGUUGGAGCAGGCCUCACUGAGGAAUGAAUUGAUGACAAAAACACAGGAUAGAAGAGUGAGACAGGCAGAGGUCUGGGUGUUCCGGACAGAGUGGAGAGCAUGGGAAAAGCUCGGGCAGGAACUAGCUUGCACUGGUUUAGAGCCUUUGCAGUGGUGUGGGUGGGACCCAGAGGGCCGGGCCCACAGGAGCAGGAUGAGAUGCUGUAGGAUGCUGUAGGAGAUGCCCGCACAGUGAGCUUUGGUUUGGGUUUAAGCAAAGGAAGCGAUUGCUAGGUGUCAGGUUUUGUAUUUCAAGCUUCCAAGCUACAGUAGUUCUUAUUAACAUGUAACUUUUACCAGAGUAUAAAAGGUGGAAAAAUUCCCCAUUGUUUGUUUCCCAGUUAAUUUUCCUUGCAAUGAAUAAGAAAUUCCAAAGUUGGAAAAACUGUUUAACCACCGAAAAUUCAAUUGCUCAUUUAUUUCAGUAAUAUACCUCAACCAAAGUAUAGGGUUGCUUUCUGACACAAAUGUUACCUAAUGUUGUUUUAUAAUUUCUAGCCAUGUGGUAAGAAAAAUAAAGCAGUUACAAAUAUUUACGGUCAGGAAUGUGCCAGAUUCCCCCUGGUGAAUUGCCCCAUGCUUCUCCCCACUCUUUCUGGUCCCCUCCCGUCUCCCACCCUGCCACAAGCCAUCUGUCCACCCCCACAGAUCCGGGCAUGGCAUUCACCUGCUUAAACCCUCCAGUGGCUGUCAGCCAAGGGUGGAAAGCAAGGCCUUCUCGACCAUUCACAACUGAACCCGUGUAGACUCUCCAGCCUCAUCUCCCCACCUUAACUGCAGACCCAGAACGGCCAGUAGC